UCAACAAUGUUUCCUAACCUCUAUAAUCCAAUAUUAAACAAAAUUAUAAGACAAAAUCACAUACUUUUCAAACAAAUUCAUACCAAGAAAUGUUACAAAUUCCUUUUCUUUGGAUCAGACUCUAUAGCUCUAAGUAGCUUACGAAAAGUGAAUGAAUUAAUGAAAAUCCGGAAAACAACUGAUUGCCUCGAUUUGGUUACCAAUAAUAACUCUACAACUAAACUAGAAAUUGAAAAGUAUGCCCAAUCCGAAAACAUAAAAACUGUGCGAUGGCCCCUCCAGGACUUACAGCCAGCAGAAUACGAUAUGGGAUUAAUUGUAGCCUUUGGCCAUUUGAUAAAAAUAGAUCUUCUCAAGAAAUUUCCUUUAGGUAUGGUAAAUGUCCAUCCAAGCUUAUUGCCGAGGUGGCGUGGUGCAGCUCCAAUAAUUUAUACAUUACUGCAUGGAGAUGAAAUUACUGGAGUUACUCUUAUGAAAAUAAAAGCGGAUAUUUUUGAUGUGGGAGAAAUAAUAAGUCAAAGAAAAGUACCCGUAUCUAAAAAUAUAAAACUACCAGAACUCACCAAACAAUUGUCGGAUAUUGGUGCUGAAAUGCUUGUAGAAUGCAUAAGUACAUUACCAAAGAGUAUUGAAAAUGCAAAACCACAAAGUGAAGAGGGUGUUACAUACGCAAAGAAAAUCAACAAGAGUAUAAGUGAAGUGAAUUGGGCACAAAUGACUUCUAUAGAUAUUUAUAACUUGUAUAGAGCAAUUUAUGGAUUGUAUGCUCUAUCAACAAAGUAUAAAGAUAAACAUUUGAAACUAUUCAAUGCUUUUUUGAGUGAUGAAGACACAGAAGAAAAUUUGCAUAGCCCAGUAGGUACUGUAGAAUAUUGUAAGAAAAGGGAUGCAAUAAGAAUAUUGUGUAAAGAUAGGAAAUAUAUUUAUUUUAAGUCACUUAGAAUUGUAGGGAAAAAGGAAAUAUCUGCUUUAGACUUCUACAAUGGCUAUAUAAAAAAUUUGGCUGUUGAAAAACGGGCAAAAGUUAUCGUUGGUACCUGAUUAGAUUAUAUUUAAGUUUGGAUAAAUGAUUGUAAAUAGCACAAGAUGGAGGAUAGCUUUUUAAUAAAUAAAAAACAUAGUUAAUU